GCUUUGCGAUUUCGUUCGUGUUUACAAUCCAUCGAUUAGUUCGUGUUGUUUAUCGUGCGAUUCGGUCGAAAAGUUUCGUCGAAAGUGUGUGUAGAAAAUAAAAUAUAUUAGUUAUUAUUAUAGUUUUAUUAUUAUUUGAUAUCUUAAUCGUUCAUUAUGUCGAUUGUUCCACUUUGGCCGAGUUUACGGCCAAGAAUAACGGAUCCUUUGUGGUUCGAUGCUGACAGUCCCGUUGACGAGGAAUCUGAAGUAACUGCUUUAGAAGCUGAACAUCAAGCAUGGAGAGAACAUGUCCGUGUACAAGGAUACGACCAUAUACCGAUCGGGAAAACAGUUAGUGACUUUAGAGGAUCGGAGGAAGAGGAAGAGGAGGAAGAAGAGGAGGAGGGUGACGGGGAGGAAGAGGAAGAGUCGGACACCCAUGAAGAAGAAGAGGAAGAAUUAGAUGAAAUAGACAUGGAAGUUAGCUACCCUCAUCAACCUCAAAGAUCUAGUCCAACGGACACAGUGACAGAUCCAGUGUCCAUCAGAGUGGUCAACAGUGUCAAUGCGCAUACUCCUCGUUAUACUUAAUUAAGAUAUUGCAUUUCCUGAUUAACGCGACCGAUCGGCUCUUUUAGCUAGUACGUCCCGUUUAAUUCCUAUCUAGGAUGGAUAAUUAACGUAAUAGAAAAAGAAAACGAACAAAAAAAAAAAAAGAAAGGAAAGAAGAAAAGAAAAUUAUUUAUCUUUAAUAGAAUGAACGGAUUUAAUAUAUCCAUUAAUAAAACUUAAUCUCUUUAUAGUACGCAUAUAUAAGAUUUAUUUUAUUUUAUUUAUUUAUAUAUUUCUUUUCAAUAUCUUUUUAUUCUAUGUAUAUACAUAUACAUAUAUAUAUAAUUUUUUUUAUAUUUCUUAUAUGUACAAAUUUUUGUAUAAAAUUUUUGUAUAUAAAAAAUUCUAUAUAAAUUAUUAUAUAAAAACUAUAUAUAUAUGUAUGUGUGUGUGUGUGUAUAUAUAUAUAUAUAUAUAUAUAUAUAUAUAUAUAUAUAUAUAUAUAUAUAUAUAUAUAAGAAAAAGAGAAAGAAAAAAAAAUUUUUCCAUUAACAGCUCAUAUACAAGAAUACGUGACGAUUGCGUGAAUUCGCGUUGGUAACAACGACCUUUAGGAAGUAUCGAGUAAGCUAAGUCGUUAGUUUUCGAGCGAUCAGCAUUUCGGAUAUGAAUCGUGUUAGGUCAAGAACCCGUCCAAUAGAAAAACUCUCUCUCUUUCUUUCUCCCACUCUUUCUCUCUCUCUCUCUCUCUCUCUCUCUCUCUCUCUCUC